AAAAUAUCAAGACUUUUCUAUCAUUGGUUUCAUUACUUUUUGUUGUUGUGGUUUAUCUUUCAUUUGCUUAAUUUUGAUAUUGAUUGAUUCUUAUGAUCAGGCUAAUUCCAGCUUGUAUAUUUUCUUUUGUACUUUGUUCUUAUAUGAAGACAACUCUGUUUUGUCAUGACUGCAUGCCAAAAAUGAUUGCUUUAUUUCCAAACUAUGACCCUUCAAGAAAGUUCCAUUUUCACUUAAUAUUCUACUAUAUCUCUCUUUCUCUGAAUUUAAAGAUAUCAUUUUUAUUUAACCAUGAUUUUAGAAAAUUGGAUGGUGUUAUAUCUUCAAUGCUUUAGGUAAUAUCUUUUGUCAUUGUUGUUAUUUUAUACUAUCAUUCUGGUGUCUGAUUGAGACCUUAAGCCAUUUCAGCAAACUAUUUAAUGUUUACUUAAUCUGUUCUGUGGUUUUAAGAGUUUUUGACUAAUUUAUAGUAACAUUUAUUUUAUAGAGGACUUUUGCUGACUUCUUUUUUUACUGUUUCAAUCUUUAAGAUAUUUCCUCAUUUUCUUGAUUUGGAGGCUACCAAAAAUCCUAUAUUUUCAAAUCCUCUGUUGGAAAAUGAAGGUUAUAUGCAUGUAUGAUGAAAAUCCAGCUUGGAUUAUAACAUAGUUUUUAUCUGAUCCUGCAAAGAUCAUCUCAAACACCAAUAUGAUUGCCAACAAUAUAUUGUUAUCUGGUUAAAGACUCAGCAGAGGCAAAAUAAAAUAUUAGGUGAUUUUUUCCUAUCUCUCCAAGCCUUGGUGAACAGAGUUAUCCGGUACUUGUGCUAGUGGGAGGUAGUAGGUAUCCUGUGGAAUUAGUCGAGGAUUCACCAAAUGUUAAUUUGUAUAUUUGGAUCACUCUCUUCCAAAUAUGUUCAUUAAGCCUUUUGUUCUUUCUGGGAAUGCUUUGAGAAGUUGAUUUUACUAUUUUUUGGCGUGUGAGAUAAUGAAUGACUGGUAUUUUGCACCUUUUGAAAUACAAGAGAAUCAUGUUUGUUUUGGUCAUAUCUAAAGUGAAUUUAUUGGUGUUUUUGAAUGCUGUGGUCUUGCAGUUUUGAUUGAUAUAUGCAAAAGGAGGAAGGGAGUAUUUUCUUGGACUUGUGAGGAUAGUCUCGAGAUAUGGGUGGAUGUGUUUCGAGUCAAACUAAGAAGAUUAAGUUAAAAUCAAAGUACAUUCCCAAGACUCGCAGGUUUCGAAGGAAGGCACCAUCUUCUGUUUCUGUUGCACCGAUAGAGCAACUUACUGUUGCGGAAAACUAUGUAAGGAAUGUUGAUGUUUGUGAGUUUGUUACAAUAGACUAUGAGAGCCAGGCUUCAAGUCCAGCAUUUCAUCACUCCCAAAACUAUCGUCGAGUUGAUGUAACUGGAUUAAGCCAAGAUGAAGCAUGGUUUGAUUCUUGCAGCGUCCUCGACUCUGAUUCAGAUGAAGACUUUACUAGUGUUCUUGAGGAAAUGUGCCCUUCACUCGUCGUUGCAGCUGGGAGCGCAUUGGAUAAUCAAAGUCAAAGUGAAAGCGCUUUACACAUUAAUGAUACCAUCAAUAACAAUGAUAUGGCACGUGUAGAUGGAAAUCUUACUAAGCGGAACAACAUUGUGGAGGAUCCAAGUUUGACAUCUCAAAGAAGGAAGUUAUCAGUUGUAACACUUGCUGUUAGUAAAAUACUGCAUGAUGGAGACACGAUUACGGAGUUUUGUUCAUCAAGGAGAUUAUUGUAUCAUCCGAGAGCAGGAAUUCUUAUUCCACAUUCCGGAGAUGUGAAACUGACUCAAGGAUGUUGGAGUUCGAUAUCACCUUCUGUAUUUAAGCUUCGUGGCAUGAAUUAUUUCAGGGAUAAAAGGAAAUUUCCUGCUCCUAAUUAUUGUCCAUAUGUACCUAUCGGUGUUGAUUUAUUUGUCUGUCCGCGGAAGAUAUCUCACAUUGCACGGCAUCUUGAGCUUCCCUUUGUAGAGCCAGAUGAAAAAGUCCCAUCACUGCUCAUCGUCAAUAUACAGCUGCCUAGUUACCCUACUUCAAUGUUCCUUGGGGACUAUGAUGGUGAGGGAACGAGCCUUGUACUAUAUUUCAAAGUAUCAGAGAAUUUUGAAAAAGAGAUAACUCCACAAUUUCAAGACAGCAUAAAGAAAUUUGUAACAGAUGAAAUGGAAACCGUAAAGGGUUUUGCCAAGGAAUCAACAGUUCCUUUCAGGGAAAGACUCAAAAUUAUGGUUGGUGUAGCCAAUCCUGAAGACCUUCAUUUAAAUCCCGCGGAGAAGAAGCUUUUACAUGCGUAUAAUGAAAAACCAGUGCUUUCGCGUCCUCAACAUGCUUUCUACAAGGGGGCCAACUACUUUGAGAUAGACCUGGAUGUUCAUCGUUUCAGCUACAUUUCCAGGAAAGGGUUUGAUGCAUUUAGAGAAAGGCUGAAACAUGGAAUCCUUGAUCUUGGAUUAACAAUCCAGGCACAGAAGCAAGAGGAGCUGCCAGAGAGAGUUUUGUGCUGUGUUCGAUUGAAUAAAAUUGACUUUGUAAAUCGUGGCCAGAUACCUCAACUUAUAAUUCCUCUUGAUAAUUGAAAUGAUUGAGAGCUAGGCCAAUAGUUGUAAAUAUUUUUGCCACAAAAAAGAGGCUUUGAAUUCUGAAAUGUAACGAUUACUCCAAUUUUAUUUG